AACGUCUUUAUCUCUGAAGAACUAGUCUCCAUUUUACUCUCCUCUUCCUUGCUGUUGCACAACUCCGUACCGAGGAAGUGAGUUUGUAUCAUAAUUUAGAUACGGCCAAUUGAUAGUCUUUUCCUCCGUUUUUCUGCACCUUUUGUGGAGCCUCUUUAAUGGCUCUAUAUCUGUUGUACGAAUCGGCAUUUGGUUAUGCCCUGUUCCAGGUUUAUAGGCUCGAUGAAAUAGGGCAAAACACUGAGGCCGUUCGGAACUCUGUAUCUGACCUGAACCAUUUUGGUAAAGUGGUUCAACUCACCGCUUUUCACCCAUUUGAGUCGGCUCUGGAUGCUCUCAACCAAUGCAACUCUGUGUCUAAAGGGUUGAUGACUGAUGAGUUGAGGAGCUUUCUGGAGUUGAAUCUCUCGAAAGUCAAGGAAGGAAAGAAGCCCAAAUUUAGUGUGGGAGUUGCAGAGCCUAAGCUUGGUUCCCACAUCUUUGAGGCUACCAAAAUCCAUGCCAGAGACCUAAAGCUUGGAGACUUGGAAAAAGCCCAGCUUGGUUUGGGACACAGUUACAGUAGAGCAAAGGUGAAGUUCAAUGUUAACCGCAUUGACAAUAUGGUUAUCCAAGGAAUUUUCCUUCUUGACACCUUUGACAAGGAUAUCAAUUCUUUCUCUAUGAGAGUGAGAGAAUGGUACUCUUGGCAUUUCCCAGAGUUAGUGAAGAUUGUAAAUGACAACUAUCUCUAUGCUAGAGUUGCUAAACUAAUCGAGGACAAAUCAAAGUUGUCUGAGGAGCACAUUCCUGCCUUGACUGAUAUACUAAGAGAUGAGGGUAAGGCAAAGUAGGUUGUGGAAGCUGGCAAAGUAGGUUGUGGAAGCUUGCAAAGCAUCAAUGGUUAGGUUUGCUAUAUUUAUUUAUUCAUUUGGUACAUAUGAUGAUGGAGUCUUAUGUUAUACUUAUGAUUUUGAUGAUGACAAAACACUUUGAUCAUGAAAGCAUAUGUACUUCAAUAUUAACCUCAAAAUUUCAGCUCCAAGAAAAUGACAUUAAGACA